UUUGACAGCCCAUGUUUUAAAUUUGACAUUUGAAAUGUUUAUUUUCAUUUUCAUAAAUUAAGCAAAAUAUUAUGUUAUUUUAAUGACAUAGAAGUCUUAUUAAACUAAUUAAUAUUGGAGGAAGUUCAGCGCGAGAUUUAUAACAAGAAUUGAGUAACCAACCUAAAAAUGGCAACCGGCACUUUGAAUCAAUACAUACAAUACGUUGAGCGUAUGUUUAGGACAGCUAACGGAAAUAAUUUAGCUCGCCUUUUAUCUUUGAGGGAUGAACACAUCACAAACAGAAACCUCCGCUCCAGUGAUGUAGCCGCAAUUGUUGACGGUAAUUGUGUAGCGCCCCUCGACGAAAUAAUUAUCUGCCACCUGUUGUGUGUUCAGGCACUCUUCCAACAUGAUUAUAUGGAAGCAUAUGGCCACCAGAGUCAAUGUGUUGCCGCUGUGGUCAAGCUUUUACAUGCCCAGAAAGAGGAGAAUUGGACCUUACCACUCAUGUACACAGUCUGUUUGGAUUUAAGGCUUGUUGCACAAAAAGCAGAGAUGCGCGAUCCUCAAAGCAAUGGCAAGAUUCUAGAAAAAGCUGCAGAAAGUUUGCUGGCGUGUUUCCGAGUAUGUGCAGCUGAUAAUAGAACAUCAGAUGAAGAUACAAAGAGAUUAGGAAUGUUGAACCUUGUGAAUCAGUUACUUAAAGUUUAUUUUAGAAUAAACAAAUUGCAUUUGUGCAAACCGCUUAUAAGAGCUAUAGACUCGUCACCAUUCAAGGACCUUUUUCCAUUAGCUCAACAGAUUACAUAUAGGUAUUUUGUAGGACGGAAAGCCAUGUUUGACUCAGACUACAGAUCAGCAGAUGAGUAUUUAUCAUUUGCAUUUCAAAGAUGCCAUUACCAAAGCAUUAAGAAUAAAAGACUCAUCUUAACAUAUCUGGUACCAGUCAAAAUGUUAUUAGGUUUUAUGCCAGCCAAAGAUUUGUUACAAAAAUAUGAUCUGCUUCAAUUCUGGGACUUGGUGUCAGCCGUGAAGAAUGGUGAUUUACGUGGUAUUGACCAGGUCAUGGAAGAACAUGAAAUGUUCUUCAUAAAAGCGGGAAUUUACUUGAUUGUGGAAAAGCUAAAAAUUACUGCAUACAGAAAUUUGUUCCGGAAAGUUUAUUUGGCUGAAAAUACCCAUCAAAUUGAUAUUGCGAGUUUUCAAGCCGCACUUCAGAUUAUGGGCCAAGAGGAUGUGGAUUCGGAAGAAACACAAUGUAUUGUUGCUAAUCUAAUUUAUGAUGGAAAAAUAAAAGGUUACAUUUCGUAUCAACAUAAGAAGGUUGUUGUAAGCAAACAAAAUGCGUUCCCGCCAUUAUCAAGUUUAUAUUAAGUGUAUGAUGUAAAUAAAUUUUUAUACAUUCUA